GCAUAAGUAUGAAAUCGGUUGAACAGGGGGAAAGUUGCGUCUGAAAUUGUGAUUUUAGUAGACUAGAUUUUGGUGUCAGAGGUCAAGUUGGAACUGCCGCCAUUUUUGACCCAAACAAAGAACUGCAGUGGGCCACGUGAAAAGGAGCUGUACAUGUAGGUCUGCCACGAUGGAGAAGGGGUCCAACACAACGAGCAGCUUUGACUUUGACUUUGGUGAUGGUCACAGUACAACAGUUGCCAUGACAACAGCAGCUGUGGUCCUGGUGGUCGUGGGUCUGCUGGUGAAGAAGGUUUUUAGAAGCCCCCCUGCUGAUGUGGAGGUGAACUGUUGGUUCUGUCAGACCGACUGUACGGUUCCCCACGGUAACCAGAACUGCUGGGACUGUCCACACUGUGACCAGUACAACGGCUUUCAGGAGGACGAUGACUAUAACAAGCCCAUCCCAGCCCAACAUCACGAGGAGCUGAACUACGACCGGGUGUCGGCUGUGCCUGCAGCUGGAGCCGCACCUGCGCGCACCUGGAACAUCCUCUGUCCCAGCUGCAACAGGAACCAGGCGCUGAAGGUGCAGCUGCUGGCAGAGUUUGUGCCAACAGACGAGGGUAGCUAUGAUGAGGAGGUGGAGGCUUACAGGUGGCACCUGGAGCAGCUGUACCAGCUGUGCGGGCCCUGCCAGGUGGCCGUGGGCUGUCACCUGCGCAGACAGGACCAAACCAUCCUGGCAGGCUUCAUGGGGGACCGUCUGCGGACCUUCCACCCCCGCAACUAUGCAGGGGCACUGCUGACUGUGAAGACCCCGGCACACAUCACCAUUCUGAGGCUUGCAGCAGCCACAGUGGCAGUGACAUUGGUGCUGCUAAACCUACUCAGGAGUAAAAUGUUGCCAGAAAACCUUCAGAAGAAGUUGCCAGAUGUCCUGCACAAUGUUGUUCAGACGGAGACCUUAUACACGGUGGUGUUCGUUGGCCUCUUCGUCAAACUCAUUGCUGUAUUAUUGGCUGGAAAAGACAGGUUGAGGAGAAGAGAUGCACUAUGUGUGUUGCUGUGGCUGCUGACCCUAGUGGUGCACAUCCCCUGGGGGGUGGGGAAGCUAACCCCAGGGGUGGGGAUCCUAACCCCUGGGGUCCAGAAGUGGUGUUACAUAGCCAUCAGUAUUUCCAGCCUCCUGUCCACUCUACUCUGUGUCUUUGGGAAAAGCAAAAAGGUGCCACGACCAAAAAAAACAGAAACAUUAAGGCCCUUGUCUCCAUGGGGAAGCGAUGCAUCUUAUCUGAGUGGGUCUCCUCCAAGUGUUCCUUCUACCCCCAGUACCUCUGCUUACUCCACACCCAGACCUCGCUCACCUCUUAAAAGUGUUCGCCAAACCCCCAACAGAGCCCCAGUGCCAGACAACUUCGAUACCCUGUCUAUAGGAAAGCAGAGCUGCAGAAGUUCACACAGUUAUGCAGGACCAUUUGGUUUGACCCACAGUUCACCAGCCUCCCUUUUCACAGACUCCAGAAAAACAUCGCCACAAUUUACAAACAUGUCUCCACGACUGGACACAACGUUACCAGAAACAAGUAGAACUAAGCUACAAUUCGAAACAGCCUUGCCACAGUUAGGGAGAAACUCACCGCAGUUAGACUCAAAUCCGCCAGAAAUGGCAAGAUAUUCACCGCAGUCUGACGCAACGUUGCCGCAGUUUGGUAGGAGUCCACAGUUCGGAAGGAGUUCGCCACUUUUUGGCAUGUCGACGAGCUCACUCCGCUAUCGAUCGCAGCGACCAAUCAUCAGCCCAGCCAAGUUCCAGCCUCCAUCACGCCGUGCCCGGCAGAGCCCAUCGCGGGAGCUGAUUGGUGUGAAGUCGUUGAGUAUCCAUGACGAUGGGGAGAUCAGGAAGAGACCCAGGCAGCUUUUCUCUGAGGGGGAGGAACCACUAACAACCCCACUGGAACAGGAAGCAGCGGAUGUUCAGUACGAGACGUCCUCUGCCUACGGGAGUGGCAGCGUGUCAGGCAGCGACGCCGGCAGCAGCGAUGGCGGGAACACGACGUCGUCCUGUCGCGUACACAGCACGACCACCGAUCAGGCAGAAAACCCGUGGCGACCAGUUUCUCAGCAGCAAAAACCAGCAGAUCCAGUUGGAGGCUCAUUUGCAUGGAGAUGGCUGUUUGGCCUGAGUGUUGGCUGCAACACAGUUCUGGUGGCUUACGUCAUCAUGCAGUUUCUGUCUUCUUAUCAGACAUAACUACAGGGUUGUAGCCAGCACCCGUCCUUCCGUCCUUUGACGGAUUUUUGCAGCUGGGGCCGGAACAGAUUUUGACCAUUCCGUCCUCUGUGACGGACAAAAAUUGAUAUGAAAAGAUAUAAUGAAACUGAGAUUUCAAAAUGUUCACCCGAGUCACCUUAGAAACAUUGCAACGUUUCGCGCCUUGGGAUUCAAAAUUGAGGGGACGGAAAAUGAUUUCAGGCUGGCUACAACCCUGCAUAACUACAUGUGGUGUGAAGAAAAAUAUUGUAUUUGCUACAUCAUACAUCAUUACUACAUAUACAUCUGUCUUUCAGAAUGUGCAUGUUUAUUCAUUUUUUUGUUUACUUGAAGUUCACUGCAAAACAAGGCUCAUGGAACCACUUAAUAUGCGUUUUGAGUUACAGUACUGGAUUCUGAAGACAGAUGUUUAUUUACCCUUGUCUUAAAAAGUUUUAGAUUGUACCCAAAUCUAGUUUAGUCUAGUUUCAAUAUUAGUUGAUAAACUUAAACAAUGCUACAAGGCAUGUGAUAUACAAUGUAGAAACAAUCAGUGAUGCUUUUGGUUUGAGCUUAUAUACAUGUACGCAUGACGAUGACGAGAUAUCAAGUUAAUGAUUACAAAAAAUACCAUGAUAUACUGCAGGCUUCAAACUGUUGCAAGUGUGUAACUCGUAACCUCGCUAACAUUAAGGUUACCACACAAAUCAUGAUCAGUAGAUGUUACCAGUGCAGUGGAGCAAUUUGUUACUUUCAUACUUUCUGUAUAAAAAGGAAAGAAAAAUUAAACUCUUAUAAGCUUUGUUCCUAAAAUGUGAAAGUCUUG